AUGCGCUUGUUUCUCCUCCCCAUCUCAACACGGCGUACGCUCCUCUACUGUGAUCGCGUCGCAACCCAAGUCAAUGCUAGCGGAAAGCUGUCCUACCACGAUCGCAUAGUCAACAAAGCAAAUGAAACAUGGGCAUCCUGGGAAAACUCACCCAACAAGUACAAGAAGAAACUCACCGACUACGGCAACAUUGUCUUCAACCGCAUCUCCUACGAGGAAUGGGGGCUCAAGACAUUGCCCUCGUCUACUGCCGACCUGACGCCUACUGAAAUCGUCUUCCCGGGCCGCUUCCUGAACCAGAAAAAAGUACCGGAGAUCUUGAGGAGAAUGGCUACGGAGAGACAAGGGUUGCAUAAGCAAAGGUUUUGGGGUAGUUUGGUUGGAUUGCCUUUUACCAUCCCAGUUGGCUUACUACCGAUUAUACCGAAUAUUCCUGGGUUCUAUCUUGCUUUCCGCGCUUGGUCGCAUUUCAAAGCGUACUACGGCUCUAAAUAUCUGGAAGCUCUGAUCAGUAGCAAGGAGCCCUUGAUCAAGAUGUCUCCGUCAAAAACCUUGGACAACCUUUACGCCGCAGGCUUGAUACACCCUUCUCGAGAACACGCAAGGCAAGCUGCUCUGCCUUCAGAAAAGUUCCAGGAAGUUGCCGAACUUGUCGCUCAGCAGACAAACAAUGAUGCCUCGGAUGUCAUGCUGCUCAAGCGAUGGAACGGCAAGCUGCUCGCCGAACGGUUCAAUCUUCCAGGCAUGGAGCUCGAGAUCGAGAGAGCUGUCGAGCAGGUCCAGAAGAACAUCGAAACCGACUCCACAGCAUCAAACGUGAAGGGAGAAAGUACGACGACCACAGCGGGAAACUCGCUUUCGAAUGAGAAAAAGUAA